GCCUGAAGGCAGAAUCAGUCACAGUUAUUGCGUACCCGCUGGUGGAUCGUAAAAGCGAGCGCAACGCCUUCUAUUGUUGGGCAAAACACGAAAGAAUCGAAAGAUAGUGAAAGUGUGCAUAAUUGAAAAUUGAAAGAACAAAACAUUAAACAAAACUGAAAUGAGAAAUCUAAUUUACGUGUUUGCAGCAGCAUUGUUAUGCCUCUGCGCUACCUCGGUACAGGGCGAUUUACUCGAUUGCAAUGAGAAAAUCAUACCCUCGCUAUCGGAUUUACCGAUUAUUGGACCGAAAGUGAGCAGCGCUGAGGAAAGCUCUGAGCAUCAGGUGCGCGAUUUCUUCAAAAAUGUCGGUUGCCAAAUUAAAAAGGGCGCCGAAAAGGUUUCUGAGCAGGCAAAGAAAAUUGGUACCGAGCUAAAGGAGGGCGCCAAAAAGUUUGGCGAGAAGGCCAAGGAUCUGGGUUCAGAUAUAAAAGAUAAACUUGGCGAUAUUAAGGAUAAAUUCUCAAAGGAUUCUUCGGAGGAACUUACAGCCCAUAAGCUACUUAAUGUGGAACUGAUUAAUCCGGAUAUACUCAAAGCUGAGCAACAAUGCGGCCAUGGGCAUAUUUUGGACGCUUUGGGCAACUGCAGUAAAUUGAGAAAGUGAGAAGUGAGAACAUAAGCAUAUUAUUGACUCUAAGGCAGUGAUGAUUAAUCCCAAAGAAUUAUAAAAUUUAGAGCAUUACCAAAAUACAUGUUUGUAGUUUAAAAUAUAUGUAGUUUAAAGAAGUUCCAUAAAACUGCAACAAAUACAUAUGUUUAAUAAGUAUUCUGAGUCACAGAAAUAUUUGCCAACAUUUGCCUAUAAUGCUGGAGAUUUUUAGUAUCAGAUGUUAGAUUAUUGUUAGUGAAGUUAAUAUUGCUUAAAAAUAUAUGUUUGUAUAUACAUAUGUCUAGUGUAAGAUCUGUAUGUUUAGUAUGUAUUUCAUUUUGGUAUACUGAGAACAGGCAAUGUUAUCAGCGUAAACAACGUGUAUAACAUACUCAAACCAAAUAAAGAAAAAAAAAUCAGAGAGCAUUAAAACGGCAAAAUUAUUUUAAAGAACUAAAUGUGGUAAGUAAGUAAUAAUAAAAAAAAAAAAAACAAAAAAACGUUAACUUAUGCUUGCAGAAAUCUACUAUUGUAAUCCGAUCUAAAUAAUUUCUUCGGAGAUUAUAGCAUUGCCUUAGUUAUUAGUCCAUUCCAAAUUUGUUGAAGAUAUCUCGUCAAAUGAAAAAGCUUUCUUUACUUGUUUCCGAUCAUUCAGUUUUAAUAUAAUCACGCCGAUCAUUUCAAUAUAUACUUUAUAGAGUGUCCGACUUUA